AUGAACUUUGACAUCCCCGCACCUGUGGAUAUAUUGCUGGCUGCAGAUGUGUGGGGUGACAUCAUAGGCUCGAUGCUAUAUCAGCAUCCAACUGGCGCUGUUAUGCACGAAACAGCGCUAGGCCAUGUGAUUUUAGGCGGAACUUGGGUACCACCAGAGGCUUUUGGUACGGCGGCAUACCAAGCCAUGAUCGCACACGCCGAAGAAGAGCGACCAAACGAAGAGGCAUUAGACGAACUAUUGAAGAAAUUUUUCGAAAGUGAAGGCAUUGCAGAGCUUAGUUCUACACUAACGGCUGAAGAAAAGGCGGCUGAAGAUUCAUAUACGGCCGAUAUGUUUCGAAAGCAAAGUGGUCGAUUUGUGGUUAAAAUACCACUGAAACCAGGCAAAACGUUAGGCGAAUCAAGAAAGAUUGUAAUGCGUAGAUUUUUCGCCCUUGAACGGAGGCUGCAGAGAGAUGACAAUUUGAGAUUGAAAUACGUUCAUUUUAUGCGCGAACUUGAACAAUUAGGCCACAUGAGAAAAGCUCCGAAACCAUCGAUAGGCGAUGUUACGUAUUAUAUACCGCAUCACGCCAUCAAUGCUGAUAAGUUCCGAACGGUAUUUGAUGCAUCAUGUAGAACGUCAAAUGGAGAAUCGCUGAACUCAAUUCAGUUAAUAGGCCCGAAGCUACAAGCUGAUUUACAGUUUCAUAUCAUGCGUUUUAGGCGAUAUAAAUACGCAGUUAUUGCCGAUGUCGUUAAAAUGUUUCGUCAGGUUUGCCUGCACCCAUCGCAGUGGAAUCUACAACGGAUAUUUUGGCGCGAACGGCCAAGUGAUCCAUUAACAGAAUACCAAAUAACAGUCGUGAUGUAUGGGUUAGCAUCAUCGCUAUACAAUGCCGUGAGAUCAAUGGUAGAAUGCGCAAACCAUUAUGCGAAAGAUUACCCGCAGGCAGCGGAAGUAAUACGAAAAUGUUUCUAUGUUGAUGAUGGAACUUUUGGCGAUGACACGAUCGCAGGCUUAAAAAUGCUGUGUAGAGAAGUGGAGUUUGUUCUUCGCCAAGGCGGCUUUGAACUAAGCAAAUGGGCAUCGAAUUGCAUCACUGUUGAAAAAUUUAUGCAAGGCGAUGAAAAGGACGUGGUCGAUAUAGGCGAAUCGAAUGAUGAAACCAAAGUUCUCGGUGUCCGCUGGCUCAAGGCAAAUGACCAGCUCACAAUUGUUGUACGGUUAACAACAGAACCGAAAUAUACGAAACGCGCUAUUUUGGGUGAGAUCGCUAGGCUGUAUGAUCCCAACGGCUACGUGACGCCAGUUUUAGUUGUUGCCAAAAUAUUAAUGCAAGAUAUUUGGAAAAUUGAGAGAUUAAAGUGGGAUGAGCCGGUCCCCGAUGGCAUUAAAAGCCGAUGGAACGAUUUUAGGCAAGAUUUACCGAAAUUAGGCGCGUUUCGGAUUCCGAGAUGGUUAGGCACAACCAAAGAUUGCGAACUACAAUUGCACGGUUUUGGCGAUGCCUGUAAAAAUGCGUACGGCGCAGCUAUUUACGCACGUGUUACAACAUUGAAAGGCGAAAUAAGAAGCAUUUUAUUGACUGGAAAAUCGAAAGUUGUUCCGAUUAAAAACAGGCCGACAAACCAGCAACAAGAAACGGUAGCACGAGUGGAUGCGGAAACGCCAAUUCAUCGAUUGGAAUUACUUGCAGCAGUGAUGUGUAGCAAGUUAAUGAGGCAGAUAGUGGAGAUAUGCGGUUUUGAUAAAGCAAAACAAUUUAUGUGGUCGGAUUCAAUGGUCACGCUACAUUGGAUAAAAAAAUCACCUCUUGAAUUGAAAGUGUACGUUUCGAAUAGAGUGAAGGCUAUUCACGAAGCCAUAGGCGAAGCUCGAUGGGCUCAUAUCGGAACAUCAGAAAACCCGGCCGAUUUGUUGAGCAGAGGCAUGAAGGCUGAUGAAUUGCUUGCGAGUAAGUUGUGGAAAAGAGGUCCCAACUGGUUGAUAGAGUCGCAAGCAGAAUGGCCGAAACCACGAAUGGUUAUUACACCUGAAGAGACAGAGCAAAUAAAUCGUGAAACUAAGCAAAGGCAGGUUAUGGUUUCAGCGGUCAUGAUGACGUAUGUGUGUGAUCGGUUUUGUGAAUUAUGGCACAGAUCAAACGAUUGGAAGAAAAUCGUUCGUAUUACCGCUUACGUACUUCGAUUCUUUCAUAACGUACGACUGAAGGAUCGAAGUAAGUGGAUCAGAGGUGGACCAGAAGUUCACGAGAUACAAAAUGCCGUGGUCUUUUGGAUCAAAUAUGCGCAAAUGCGGGCGUAUAAAAAGGAAAUUGAACUUGUUAAGCAGGGCGAUUCAGAGUUUUUUACGAAAAGUAAGAUUGCCAAUCUCAAUCCACAGUUAGACGAAAAAGGCAUGUUGAGAGUGUAUGGCCGAAUCGAUAAAGCUCUCGUGGAAUAUGACAUAAGGCACCCAGUCAUAAUCCCACCUAAAUCGAGGCUGUCUUAUUUAUUAGUGCAACAGGCGCACAAAGACACGAUGCACGGCUCAAGAAAGAUGAUGACCGCACAUUUGAGGCGUGCAUACUGGAUUCCGCAGUUGCGUAAUGAAAUAAGAGAAACGAUUUCCAGAUGUGUAGUAUGUGUUCGCUAUAAAAAGACCAUGGCACAGCAGAUUAUGGCUGAAUUACCGGCGGUAAGAGUACGACCAGCCAAACCAUUUGACGCUGUUGGCAUUGAUCUGGCUGGGCCGUUUUAUGUCAAACAUACGGACAAGUUGAAUUUAAACACACGUUCAAGGGUAAGCAUCCCAGAUAUCAAAGGAUACGUAGCAGUCUUUGUGUGUAUGGUUACGCGCGCCAUACACCUGGAGCCAGUAAUGGACCUAUCCUCCGAGGCAUUUUUGCAAGCUUUUAAACGGUUUGUGGCAAGGCGUGGCCACCCAGAAAAAGCGUUCAGCGACAACGGAACGAAUUUAGUUGGAGCUGAAAGGCUGUUGGGCGAAGCCAUAAGAACAUGGCAGAGCUCUGAAGUGCAAGGCUAUGCCAAAUGGAACAACGUCACGUGGACUUUUAUAACGCCAGGUGCGCCACACGAAGGUGGGCUCUGGGAGGCCGGUGUAAAAAGUAUGAAGUAUCACCUUAGACGGGUGAUGGGUACACAACGGUACUCAUACGAAGGCAUGUCAACGCUACUGGCCGGUAUCGAGGCAUGCUUGAAUUCAAGGCCGAUUUGUGCGCUCUCAGACGACCCGAAUGAGAUCGAGGCACUCACGCCAGCACAUUUUUUAAUAGGCGGUCCAUUAAAACUGCCUGUGGCCGAGGCAGCGAACAAACCACCAACGAAAGCAAGGCGGCUGUUCGAAGAACUUCAAACGCAAACACAAUCGUUCUGGAAGCAGUGGCAGGACGAUUGUCUUCAUCAAAUGAUGAAUAGGCCAAAAUGGAAGGAAGCUCAACAAAACAUGCAAAUAGGCCAGCUUGUUUUGUUAAAAAACGAAAAUAUGCCGCCGACAUAUUGGCCGAUGGGCCGUAUCAUCGAAGUACAUGAGGCUGCCGAUGGUAAAGUCAGGCAGGUUAAACUACAGAUGCAGCACGGCACAUUAGAACGCUCAAUUAGAAAAUUAUGUGUGUUACCCACUGAUGACGAUUUAGGAUUUUGGGUUGAAAAGUAA